UGUGGUUGGUAGCGAAUGACAUUUACAGAACUGUCAUUCGUUGAUUUAGAAUAAUUUGUAAAAAAAAAGUGUAAAAAUGUCUGGGGCUGUUAAAUUCGCGUCUCGUUUGAAAGAAUUGCGCAUUCAUUUGUGCCAAAAGUCUCCAUCCAGUCAAGGCGUUAGAGACUUCAUCGAACAACACUACGUUUCGCUCAAAUCCGGUAACCCUAAGACCCCCAUUUUGAUUCGUGAAUGUUCAGGCGUGGAACCGAAACUCUGGGCUAGACACGACAAGGGUAAAGAAACCAGCGUUUCGUUGAAGGACAUGAGCGCCUCCGACGUCUUGUCGCAAAUAUCUGCAGUAGCCAAGUAAACCCAAACAACGUAGCAAGUGUAAAUAGUUUAAUCACCAACUAAUAAAAUAAAUACAAAGUA